AUGAUGGAUUCCUUGAGCUUUCUCAGUAUGCCAUUGUCAGCUUUUCCCAAAACGUUUGGUCUUACUGAAAUGGCUAAAGGGUAUUUUCCACAUUGGGCCAAUAAAGCUGAAUUCCAGAAUUAUGUGGGACAUUACUUAGAGUCAGAGUACUAUCAUCCUGGCGGUAUGAAACCCGAAGCCCGUGAAGCCUUUUUAGAAUGGCAUCAGGAAAAGGUCAACACACAUUCCAUCUUUUAUUUUCAAAAGGAGAUGGAAAAGUAUUGUCGAUCAGAUGUAGAUCUUUUGAGGAGGGGUUGUGGUGAAUUUCAACAUCAGUUAAUGGCCAGUGACGGCAUCAAUCCUUUUACCGAAUGUGUCACUUUAGCUCAAGACUGUUUUAGUGCCCAUCGCAAAAACACAUUGCCAGAAAACAGUUUGGGUAUCAUUUCAGAUGCAGGAUAUCCAAACAAGACCCGUUAUUCCAUUAAAGGUGUACGAUGGUUACACUCCGAGGCAACUAUCACAGGAAAACCCAUUCGUCAUGCACUGAACGGUGGGGCAGUCCGUAUAGGUCCCUAUUCUGUUGAUGGUUACAAUGCAGAGACCAAUACGGUGUAUGGGUUUCUAGGGUGCUGGACUCAUGGGUGUGAAACAUGCUAUCCCAAGCGUGAGGUCAAGAAUCCUUACUCGUUAAAGACCAUGAAUACAUUGUAUGUAAAGACCUUUUCAAGAUUUGAAGCUUUGCAAAACCAAGGGUUCCACAUUGCAUACAUUUGGGAAGGUAAAUUUGACCAAAAGUGCAAGGAAGACCCUGAGUACAAGAGUUUGAUUGAUCGGUUCUAUCCCCAUAUGGAACCGAUCAAACCUCGUGAUGGCCUGUUUGGUGGACGUACCAAUGCAGUCACUCUAUACCAUGAAGUAGAUGAAAGCACCACUCAAGAGAUUAAGUACGCUGAUAUUUGUUCACUCUAUCCCUAUGUGAACAAAUACAAAGAAUAUCCCCUUCAUCACCCUGCCAUUCUAAGUCAGGAGGAAAUUGAUAUUAAAAACCUUAAACAAUACAGGGGUUUGGUCAAGUGCAAAGUGCUUCCUCCACAAGAUUUAUGGUUACCCGUCCUACCCAUGCAUUGCAACAAGAUAAUGGUGUACACCUUGUCCCAUAUAUGUGCAGAGAAAGAACUUCAGACCUGCUCACAUUCAGAGGAGGAAAGGGUCUUGGUUGGGGUUUGGACUUCAGUGGAAUUGAAUAAGGCUUUAGAUCUAGGUUACAAAUCCCUUGAAGUGUAUCAAAUCUGGCAUUUCAAGGAAUGGAGCGACAUUGUCUAUAAGGAAAACACCAAUAAGUACUUGAAAAGGAAACAGGAGGCCAGUGGUUAUCCCAACUGGGUCAAGACUCAGGCAGAUAAAGACAAGUUCAAAAGCGACUAUUUUCAGGCAUAA